AUGGCCUCUUCGAAGGUGAAAGGACGACGAAAUCUGUGGAUUGGCAUCGGUGUGGCCGUUGCCAUUGUGGUGAUUAUUGUCAUUGUGGUGCCAUUGGCGGUUAUCCUGCCCAAGAAGCAUCAUGGCAAGAAGGCUACGAUCCUGUUCCCCCUCUACAUCUGGCCAGAAACAAACAGUACAUGGGAUCCACUCUACGAGGAAGUUACCAACUACCCCGAUCUCAACUUUACCAUCAUCAUCAAUCCCAGCAGUGGUCCGGGAAACAGCUCGCAGCCCACCUCGCAGUACGCGUACCAGAUCAAGCGGCUGAAUGCGUACCCGAAUGUGCGGACCGUAGGAUACGUGCGCACAGGCUAUGCGAGCCGGAAUCUCACCACGGUGCUGCAGGAGGUGGACACCUACUCGGGGUGGGCAGCGCAAUCGCCAACGCUUGCCAUGCAUGGGAUCUUUUUCGACGAGGUACCCAGCGAGUAUGCCACGUCCUCGGCCGAAUACCUGGCUACGAUCAAUGAAGCGGCCAAGAACGCCUCCGGACUGAGGCCAGACCGAACGGUGAUCCAUAACCCGGGCGCGAUCCCAGACUCCCGAUAUAGUACUAUCGAAGGCACAGAUGUGACUGUUGUCUUUGAGCAGUCCUAUCAGGAGUAUCACACCAAGCAUGCGAACCUGCAAGCGCUUCCUGCGAACCGGACCGCCUACAGCUACAUGAUCCACUCGGUUCCUUCGAUGAAUAAUGGAACGCUCCGCAGCUUGGUAGACGAUCUGAGCGAGCGCGCGGAGUAUCUGUUUCUCACGACGCUGAGCCAGAAUUUCUAUGAGAGUUUUGACCCACAGUUACCCACUCUGUGUGCUGUCAUGCCAAGUUGA